AUGUUGGCUCGAUCGGCUCUUCGCUCGACGCGCUCGGUCGGCGCGGUAGCCCGCAAUGCCGCCAGCAAGACAACUUCGCGCUCUGCCUCGACAUCCAGCUCGACAGCCGAGGGUGCGGCCUCGUCCUGGAAGACGAACGCCCUCCCCGUCGGCGCCACCGCUUUCGCGAUCGGAACCGUUGCCUGGUACGCCUACAUCGCCGGCCGCGAUGUCGAUGCGAUGACGCCAGCGGAGGAAGGUCUCCACCCGACGCAAUAUCCCUGGGAGCACGCAAAGUGGAACAAGACAUUCGACAGCCAGGGCCUUCGACGUGGAUUCCAGGUCUACCGUGAAGUCUGCGCUUCAUGCCAUUCUCUAUCCCGCAUCCCAUAUCGCUCGCUCGUUGGUAAAAUCAUGACAGUCGACGAAGCCAAAGCCUUAGCCGAGGAGAACGAAUACGACACAGAACCCAACGAUGAGGGAGAGAUUGAGAAGCGCCCCGGAAAGCUCUCCGACUACCUUCCCGGCCCCUACAAGAACGACGAAGCCGCUCGCGCCGCGAACAACGGAGCUCUGCCCCCGGAUCUAUCGCUCAUGGUCAAGGCUCGCCACGGCGGCUGCAACUACAUCUUCAGCUUGCUGACCGGUUAUCCCGAGGAGCCCCCGGCAGGUGCGGUCGUGCCUGAGGGCCUCAACUUCAAUCCCUACUUCCCCGGUACAGGGAUCGCUAUGGCGCGUGUCCUCUAUGAUGACCUGGUCGAAUAUGAGGACGAGACUCCUGCGACGACUUCACAGAUGGCCAAGGAUGUGACAGAGUUCUUGAACUGGGCCGCCGAGCCAGAGGCAGACGAUCGCAAGAAGAUGGGCUGGAAGGUGCUUGCGGUCUCCAGCGUGCUGACCGCAUUGAGUAUCUGGGUCAAGAGGUACAAGUGGGCCUCAGUCAAAUCGAGGAAGAUUAUGUAUAACCCGCCGAUCAAGAGCCCUAUCCUGAGCAAGCUUCCAAAGCCGACCAACAAAUCAUAG